AUGGCCUUGCUGCAGUUUGGUACCACUUUAGUCUUCGGUGUACCCCCCUUAUGGAACAACGAAAACCAACCUGACCCGCGAUUGAGAAAGAUGCAGGCCAUCUUAGUCGGCGUCCUGGGCACCAUUCCUACCCUAACCAUCGCUUACCUCACUGCUCCUUUCGUUCACCAAAUCUUCCUCCAAAUCCCCGAACACGCUCGGCGCUCCCGCCAUGAUCUCCUCCGAUUCGCGAGCAUCUUGCGUAAGAACCCUCUUGCAACCGCGAAUACCAAACUCGAAUUCGUGACCCUUCGUAUUUUCCCCUUCCGCAAACACACUACCGCUUUCCUACAUGAGCUGCGCGCUCUACCACAGCGCCGAUUCCGCCUUGCCAAUAUCGAGUUGCCCAAGACGGAUGCAUGGGCGCAGAGGCAAAGAGAGAAGGGUAUUCUGAAGAGGGUGCUGGAUGUGAUUAACGAGCCGAGGUUCAAGUUUUACGUCAAAGAGGGCAGGUUGUAUACGAUGAAGACUAAGGUUCCGGGCGUGUGGGAGGAGGUUGCCGAGAGGAUUCGGGAUCAGACGGUUGCAGAAAGGGAGGAGCAGGAGAGGAAGAGCAGGGAUGGCGGGGUUGCGGUGGCGAGGAAACCUGUUGUCGUUGCGAAGAGGGUGAGUAAGCCUGUUCUCAAGGUUGAUGAGAGAAUCAAGAGACAGACAACGAGGAGCUUGCGCAAGUAG